UCGCCUAAAGUCUUGCCGCUGCCGUCUGCGUGUGGGUUCGCGGUGCGUGGCGGUGGCGCUUGGCGAGGGCUGUGUGUGGUUGGCCGCGCACCCCUCCCGCUCGAGCCCGAGACCCUGCGGCUGAGCCUCAUUUUCCUCUCUUUGUAGUAGCGGAGCACGCCCCGCACGGGACACCCCUACGGUGCAGCCCUAUUGCUGGCCUGGGGGCUGGUCACAGCUAUUGGAACGGGACGGAGCGGGCUCGGGGAUCCCCACUGCCCCAGGCUCCGGUGCGUGACUGACCCACCCGUUCCCAGAGCCCCCCGCGCAGACCGGGAUGUUCGUCCUGGUGGAGAUGGUAGACACCGUGCGGAUCCCCCCGUGGCAGUUUGAGAGGAAGCUCAACGACUCCAUUGCCGAGGAGUUGAACAAGAAGUUGGCCAACAAGGUCGUGUACAACGUGGGACUCUGCAUCUGCCUGUUUGACAUCACCAAGCUGGAGGACGCCUAUGUGUUCCCGGGGGACGGUGCAUCACACACCAAAGUUCACUUCCGCUAUGUGGUGUUCCAUCCGUUCCUGGACGAGGUUCUGAUUGGAAGUAUCAAAGGCUGCAGCCCGGAGGGAGUGCAUGUCUCUCUAGGGUUCUUCGAUGACAUUCUCAUCCCUCCAGAGUCACUGCAGCAGCCGGCCAAGUUCGAUGAGGCAGAGCAAGUGUGGGUGUGGGAGUACGAGACGGAGGAAGGAGCACACGACCUAUACAUGGACACCGGCGAGGAGAUCCGCUUCCGGGUGGUGGACGAGAGCUUUGUGGACACGUCCCCCACUGGGCCCAGCUCAGCCGAUGCCACCUCUUCCAGCGAGGAGCUGCCAAAGAAGGAGGCUCCGUACACGCUUGUGGGAUCCAUCAGUGAGCCGGGCCUGGGCCUUCUCUCCUGGUGGACUAGCAGCUAGCACUGGGGCUUUGACACUGGACCCUGCCCAGCCCUCGGGAAGGUGGUGCGGCGGGUCUUGAAGACAACAGGAUGCCGAGGAGCAGGCUGUCCCCUCCCCUCCUCCUCCCAGAUCUACCCCGCUAAGUCCCACCGUCCACAUGGACUUCUGCCUGUCAGUGACAACAAAGAUAUUUAAUAAAUGAUGGCCAUGUCAGUUGGGAGAGCCACCAUUGUCUCAGUGUUCUAAGGUUACUGAGUUGCCACAGCUGGGACAGUUCCUCACCCCGGAUCACUUCCGGAGAUGACUUAAUGGCAGGACAUGGGGUUUGAGAGAUCCAGGCUGCCUCAGGCUAUGCUCUGGGCCAGCUGAGCUUGGUGGCUCCAUAAAGUAACAGCAAGAGGCUGGCCUGGGGCAGCUGCCAGUUGCUGAUCAGAGUCUGACCUUUAAGGGAAAAACCCUCUUCCCACCAGCGUGUGGAAGGUGGGGCAGCCUGGCCUCAGCUGACCAGCUCCAUCAGGAAAGUGGGUGCUGUGGAUUUUGCUGGCCCAAGGGGGUGAGGGCUGGUGACCUGCUGCUGUUACUCCCCCACCAGCAGUCCAGCAGGAAGCCUCGGGCCAGCUGUCACUUUCCGACCUUGGCUACACCAGGAACAAACACCCAGUGGGUGUCUGUCUGCUUGUGAUGUGAGAUCCUGGCACCAGGGCAAGCACCCCAUCAUUUACUCAGCAGAAUGGCUUUGCCAGAGUCCUUCUGUCCCUUCACUCAUUUCUGCCAGGAAUUUUUGCCGGGACCAGGACAUCGUUUUGUAGCACCCACCCGACGCCAUGUUUCUGUCAGGCAAGUCUUGUCCUGAUGAAGGAAUCUCCGUGGAGCCUGCCUCCUGCCCUGGCCUUUCUGCUCACAUGGACACAGGGCCGUGGAGGUAUGAGUAGUGCCAGUGGGCAGUGCUCCAGGCAGAGGAGCAGUUGCAGAGCAGUGCCUGCGGCCGCCCUGUACUAGAAACUAGGGAGCAGUACACAUAUGGACUAGCUGUGACCUUGGACGUGGUGGUCUGUCUGUAAAACAGACACUCUCUGGGCAUUUGAAAGGCAACUCGAUGCCCAGGGGAAGUGGGGGCUGCAUCUUGGGCCAACCCCCCCGCCCCCAUUGGGGAAACUACUGGAAUGUGUGGGCGUGGGGAGGGGAGGCUGCAGGCAAAAGCAGGGCGGGAAGGAAAGUGGGAAGUCUGGUGAUGGGUCCGGCUGUGGCGUGGCUGUCGGCGUCCACUGACUCUGGCUGUGAAGGACCCCCCGCCCCACAGGCUGGAGUUGGUAACAGCACAGACACCAUCACUCACAAAGGAACACUCACUGAAUCUGGAUUC